CUUCUGUUCGCGUUCUUCGCAGUCGCAUUCGCAGCCAAUGGAUCCUCUACCUACACAUAUCAGCACCAAGGCUCCAAUGCAUUCUCUCUAGCCGUUAGUCUCAACACAACUGGCAAUGACCUAUACUUCAACAUGUCUGCUCCAUCAACUUAUUCAUGGUUCGCGUUUGGUAUUGGAGGUCAGAUGAAGAACUCACUCAUGUUUAUUGGAUAUCCCAGCUCGAACGGCACAGGACACCAACAACCCCAGUACACGUCCUCCAAGAGCGUCCAAGUUAGAUCUAGCUCCAUCACUAACGGAGCAUAUCAACUCAUGGGCGUAUGUUACAACUGCACGACCUGGUCUCUUGGAACAAUGGACACAACGUCAACACAGCAGCCCUUCAUCUUCGCCCUCGGACCUACAGGUGAAACUAUCUCUAGUGACUCGGCGUCUCAGAACAUCGAUCAACACACCUUGUACAACUCUUUUACAAUGGACAUGACACAAGCUGCCUUUUCCGGCUCCAGUACGCCCGCGUUAAACUCUGGCAGUAGUGCUGCUUCAUCAACUAGUGCAAAUGGCUCUUCUUCUAGCGCAUCUACUGGUGCAUCUACUGGAGGAGGCGACAACACAUACAACCGUGUUCACGGUAUCUUUAUGGCUAUCGCGUUUGUCAUCCUCUUCCCCUUGGGUGUUUUGGUGCUUCGUCUCGGCCACAGCGUCAUUGGCCAUGGUAUCGUCCAAGCCACGGCCUACUGCUUCGUGAUUGUGGGUCUGGGAACUGGCAUCUACUUGUCCCAACAAGACAAAUCCACGAGUGGAUUCAACACCGCUCACCAAAUCAUCGGACUCGUUCUCUUCUCCCUCCUUGCUAUCCAAGCCCUGGGCGGCCUCGUACACCACCUUCUCUUCCGCCGCGGCCACAAAACCAUCAUCGGAAAGGUACACAUGUUCCUUGGUAUCGGCUUGAUCAUCUUGGGAAUCGUCAACGUACCUUUGGGUCUCAACCUCGCAGGCGACAGCAACUACAACAAAUACUAUAUCAUUGUUGUCUGCAUUCUCGGUGCUCUAUUCUUGGCCCUCCGAUUCUGGGCGCUAUGGAGGGACAGAAAGUCGGCAAAGAGGGAAGGAAGCGAGAAGGGUGUUCUGAGAAGAGGCUCUAGCAGCGAAGAAGCUGUCAUG